CCCGGUCUGCAGAGCCACCUUGUCCUUCCCCAGCACCAGCCGGCCACCCACCCGGGUUGCAGGAUUCCUGUUUUAUGCUGUGCGGAGGGGAAGUCAGCGCCCAUGAGGGAGUACAAAGUUGUGGUUCUCGGGAGUGGGGGGGUGGGCAAGUCGGCCCUGACCGUGCAGUUCGUCACGGGGAGGUUCAUCGAGAAGUACGACCCCACCAUCGAAGACUUCUACCGCAAGGAGAUCGAAGUGGACUGUUCCCCGUCAGUACUUGAAAUCUUAGACACCGCAGGGACGGAGCAGUUUGCAUCCAUGCGAGAUCUUUACAUCAAGAACGGCCAAGGGUUCAUCCUGGUUUACAGCUUGGUCAACCAACAGUCUUUCCAGGACAUCAAGCCAAUGAGGGACCAAAUUGUUCGUGUGAAGAGAUACGAGAAGGUUCCCCUCAUCCUGGUGGGGAAUAAAGUCGACCUGGAGUCGGAGAGGGAGGUCUUGUCGGCAGAAGGCCGGGCGCUCGCCCAGGAGUGGGGCUGCCCCUUCAUGGAGACCUCGGCCAAGAGCAAGACCAUGGUGGACGAACUGUUUGCAGAGAUCAUGAGGCAAAUGAACUAUGUGUCUCUGCCCGAAAAGCAAGACCAGUGUUGUACAACCUGCGUUGUCCAGUGAAACGGGAGAAAGUGAAACCUCAAUCAUGGCCAUACAGAGCAGAUAAAACUCAGAGGAAAAUUUGCACAGAUGCUGCUUUGGAGAACCCUUUACAUCCCAGGCUGCAGAACUGAGCCUUGCUUUAAACAAAAAAAAAGUACCCUGUUUCUCUCUUUAGAGCACAUUUCCAGGCAUCGAGUGCAAAAAGAAAAGAAAAGAAAAAAAGCGGUCAGCAGAGUGAGUGGCUGUGGAGAUCCGUCGGCCUGCGACAGAAAAGCUUAGCAUGUUUACCAUAACGUUUUGGAAUCUCUUCUUUAUCUCUUGAUCCUGUCUCUCUCUGUUUUGUUUUGUUUUUUUUUUUAAAAUAGCUUUUUAAUUUCCUAUUAAUGGCUAAUAUGCAAGAAUUCGAUUUUUUUUUAAUAUUAUGGUUUCUUUCACUGAUUUCCAGAAGUUGUAUUUAUUAAACUUUAAACUCAGUAUUACCUACUCAAUGCCUUUUUAAAAAGAAGAAAAUUUUAAAUGGAGAAUAAAAAGUGAGCCUUAAACAAAUGGUUACUUCUGUAUAUUACCUCACAUCCAUGCUUGAUUUGCAAAAAGAAGCAGCGGGGAGGGUGGGAGGGGGAGAGUUUUCCUCUCCUCCCAAAUGUCACUGGUUGAAACUUUGGAAAUGUUCUGUUUACCUGUGAUGGUGUCAUAGAAAGGGACUUUGAGCCACCUCCUCUCUUUGGGGUCCCAGCUGUGGUGGCGCGUCACUGAUCUGGUGUGAAGAUAGAAAGCUAUGUCACUGGGACAGGAGGCGUUCUGGAAGAUGUAUGUGUAUUAUCUGUUAUUACAUGAUGUUCAGCUCUUGGGUUUGGCUUUGUUUUCUCUCUGAUGGGUCAUGUUCCAAAAUCGGCAGCCCCAUCUCCAUCGGUGUCCCGUUUCUGGCUGUGUGUUUUUUCUCGGGAGAACGACAAAGGCGUUUUCUCACCUCUCCCCGAGGACUUGUGUUCUAAAUCAAAAGCAACUAUGGGCUCGUCAUUCGAGAGGAUGGCUGGUGGACACCUGCACGCGUAAAUCAAGUCCAAAUUAAAACUAGCCCUUACCUUUUUCUAGUUCUUAAAUACGCUUUCUUCCCCUGAUAAUAUUUUCAAGCAAUAUCAGUUUAGCUUUAUUUUUGGAGCUCUGUUGCACUGCCUCUGCCUGUUAGUUUGAUGGCUUGCUCGCUUGCUUUUGGUUUCCAGUAAACAGCGUGAGAGCCGUAACUCCAUGUGCAAACUCGCUAUCCAGCCUUUGCCUUCUCGAGAGUUUACCUGUUUUGUCUGAAUACUUGAAACAUUUAAACAGCAACACAAAUUUAAGACGGAAGGAGGAAUAUAUGAAUUGUUAGAGUGUUUGUAGUUGGAUACAAUUCUAGUGAGAAUUAGAGCUUUUUUCUAGUGGUGUUCUCCAAAACCAUUUUCUCUCCCCUGUAAUAAUAACCGUAAUGUGUUUUGCUACACCAUAACGAGAGGUGUUAAGAGCCCACCUUAAAUCAUUUGAACAUGCUUCUGAUAGAGAUGGGUUGGUCCUGUAAUAGCCAAAAAAACUGAUCGGCUACAGACUCUCAACGUUAAGAACGAAUCUGAGAUAACCUUGUCUUUUAAAAUACUGGGAGGUUCAAUUUGUCUCUAGCAUAUGUUUUUGUAAAAACCAGUUGGAAUAAGUGACCAAACAGUUAUUAAGAAGUGUUGUCAUACACAGCACAGAAUACAGGUAGAAGGGUCUCUCUACCUGUCUGUUUACCCGGUACAGUCUGGCCUGUUUCCUGAGCUACUGUGCCUCAGAUUCAUGAAUGCGGGUGGCUGGGGCGUCAUGUCUUGUUCAAAACAGUUUGGUGAGGCUCUUUAAGCAAAACCCAUUUCCGGGGAUCCCUCAAACGAUCUCAGGUUAUUCACCCCUUUGUCGAAUUAAGGUAGGUGGGAGAGAUGAGUCUGAAAGGAGGACCUUCCUAUACCACUUUGGGGGAAAAAUCAUUUUUAUUUAUUUAUUUUACAAUUCCCAGAAUGCCCCAAACCAACCCAGCUUCCGUCUGGGGCAUUUUGAGAGUUGGUAGCCCCAAACCACCCUUUUUUUGCAAGUUCUGGCCGUUCCUUUUGGUUGAUCAGUGGCACGUCAGCUCCGUUUCCAUGCGCCCCAGUGAACUGCCUACCUAAGGCACAUAAACCCAGCUGUUCAUCGAGAAGGAACUCUUUUUCCAGGAGAAGGGGGGGGCAAUCAAUAAAUGUUUGCGUGGACACCACUCACAGCCCUCAUUUGCCUGAAAGAACCUAAAAAUCAUACCUAAGUGUCUCCUAUGUACUGUACGUUUUACUGGUGAAAGGGUAAAAUUCUGGAAAUCCAUCCAAUACGAAAUUGGGACAAUGCUCUAAUGCUUUGUAAACUUACAAACCGUCACCCCCCAACAUACACACAAACCCCUUGUUUGAUUCAUUCUUACUUUGUAAGAGAACCCUACAGUUGUUUGUAACUUUUUUAAUAAAAUAGAUACCUGUAUUACCAAA